AUUAUUUUUGCAGCUUUACCAGAUGUUAUACAUGCUGUGGCAAAGUAUGAAGUCAACCAUGAACAGAGAGAAAUUUUCUUUUUCCGAGAAGGCACUAUAGUGAUGUGGAACAUUUCUGAACUCGAAUGUGAAAAUAUAUUAGAAUUUUUAAAAAAUUACGAACAAAAUCGUUAUAUGGAAUGUAUUGUAAAAUCUGAAAGUGAAGUAAUGUGUUACAGUUACGCGGAUCAUGGGAAAAAGAAUCAUAUAAAGGAUGGUAACAUUAUUUUAGUUUUAAACGCAACAAAUUUAGAUAAAUACACAUUCUCAAAUGCAAUGGCACAAUCAGUUAAGUUAGGUAUAUGGGAGGCAUCUUUAGACCAUUAUAUAGAUUCCAUAGCAUUUGUUACUGAAGAUUUAAAGUCUGGUAGGAGGCUUAGAAUGACUCAACAUGAAGUAUUAAGAAAGCAAGGGGAAUUAUUUGCUUUGCGACAUUCAAUUAAUUUAAGCUCAGAUUUAUUAGACACUCCAGAUUUCUAUUGGGAAAGGGAUGAUUUAGAACGUCUUUACCAAGAAACUUGCUCGUAUUUUAACAUUGCAAAACGCACAAGAGUUAUAAACGAAAAAUUAAAUCACUGUGUUGAACUUGUGGGAAUUUUAGCAAUGCGUUUAAGCGAUCGCCAUCAUAUUCGUUUAGAGUGGAUGAUCAUUAUUCUUAUCAUGGUCGAAGUUGUUUUUGAAAUAUUACAUUACAUCAACAGAUAUUUUUCAUAGUUCAAUAUUUAUAAUUGUAUUUGUAAGGUUUAAAUUAGUAUAAUAGUAAUUGCUAUUAUCUAUAUUGUAUUUAAUUGUAAAAAGAUAAAUAUAUAUUAUAAAUAAAAUUUAUACUUUUGCGCAGUUAAACUUUAGAACCAUGUGGUGUUUAUUCA